AUGGCCAGCCAAAAUUCUCGUGAGUCGCUCUGGUCCAACUUCUCCUUCUCUGGAGCUGCAAAACAUGGAUGCCAACCCUAUUUGACGAAAACGAUUACCCUCUACUGUCGCGAGAAGAAGUACGGCUAUGCAGUCCCGCAACAUUUCGUCGAACAAGUUCCAGUCCUUGCUGCCUCCUUAAACCACUUGCAUGUCAGUCCAUCUCUGUGGCUUGACAAGGCAGAAGAAGACAUUGGCCACACUAUCGUGAACUGGCUGUACACUGGAUCCUACCAGACGCUCCACGAUCCAACUGUGCAGGGAACCGCAAGAAGGCAGAAGGAGUACAGAAGAAGUGUCAAAGUUUACUGUGUCUCUAUCUUUUAUGGAAUGAGCGGUUUAGCAUCCCAGGCCUUGCACUAUGUGAGGAUGUUCGGCGACGCUGUUGAUAUCCGUAUAAUCCUCGAUAUUGCCAAGGAAAUCUUCACCAAAUACCGAGGACGUACUGAUUUGUUUGUUGGGUAUAUAAAGUACCUAAAGGAGAAACUGAAUAAUAUGGUUCAAGCGGAUGAAGGGUUCUUCAAGCAGGAGGACUUCGUCAAGGGCUUUGUACAGGCGCCGGGGUUUGACAAGUUCAUGGUGCAGCAGAUGGUCAGUUUUUACUCGGACGUUAUACAGGAUCUCAAGGGGAAUGAUAUCAAGGGGAAGGUUGUCAAGAAACAGAGCCGUCAAGCUACACCAGUUAUGGCUAGAGUUGAUACGGGCUUGUGGCGUAGUACCAGAACUCGUUCAUCUACCCUUCAACCUAAAUCUAAUUCCGAGCCCACCAACCCUUCGCAACCUAGUUUUGCGCCCAAGAAAUGA